AUGUCUGGAACAACACAUGAUGCCGCAGCGGAGGGCACAGACGACAACGCAACCGUGCAAAUGGCGCUGCUCCGAGGCGAUACGUCACCACAGGCUCUGGUAACACGUACCCCGCGAAAAGGUCCUCUUAUUUCACUCACGCCGCUGGAAAGGCGGCUGGUCAUCUCGGGAGCUCGAGUAGGGGUCACCAUCGCGGAUGGGCUAUUUCUUUCGAGCACGGUGGCUAACCCGCUCCUGACAGUCUCCUUUAUCGCCUACGAAUCCUUCCGUGCCGUCAAUGAUUACUGGCGAGGAGAACUCAACACGUUGGGUUACCGCACAAGUGCGACAGAUGUGGCGCUCCGUAUUGGGAAGGAGGUGGGAACAGCCGCCAUUGGAAUUGCUAUUGGACAUGGCGUAGGAACUCUCAUAGGACUAAGCGCCAUUCCUGUAGCGGGACAGGUUGUCACUGCCACGGUGCUUUCGGUGACCAUGGGUCUUUGUGUUGGCACACUUCUCACGCGUUAUGCGGAUCGCAUCUUUAUUCGGCUACAGCUGCAAGCUCAGUAUGGAUACUCACGGAAUGAGCAGAAAUCUCGCACACGGUUUGAACACUUGCUUGAGGCACAGCAUGAUCUUUCAUCAUUUGAAACCUGUCGAAUUGUGCAGCAUUACCGAGACUACCGGGUGGCAUGUGGUUGGGAGAGUCAGAUCGAUGUCGAUGACUACCGUGCAUCCGCAGAUAUUACGAUGAUGCCCGUUUCUUUUCAACACUUUGCGAUUGUUCAGUUGCAGCGUAAGUGGGGGUUUCUCAAUGAGUACGUGGAGUGCAAAAAAGUGUUCAAGGCGUUAAUGUUGUUGCAUCAUCCGGACAAGGGUGGUGAUGGCGAGCUUGCGGCGCAGCUCAACCACGAUUACGAAAUUUAUGCGUUCUGCCAGGGAUGGCACGAAGACUGUCGGGGCAUUUUUCAAAGAGAAGGGGCUGCAGGGCCGCAAAACACAUCCGUUGGAAGUAAGAGAAGAAAACGGAGUACCAUUGUGGGUUUUCUUCGUUCGCUUUUUCGUCCUGCGAGUAACUCGGCUAUGGAGGCUGAAGAUCUUAGGCAGUAUGGACUUUUGGCGUUGGAGGCGGGAACCCCACCAGAGCUUCACAGGCUGGACGAGGUCGACUGGGAGGCCAUGGACAAAGAAGAAGUCGGGGGAUGUGAGAAACCCAUGUUUGGCACCAGCGCCUUCGUCAAGCAAAGAGGCGUCUCUCGCGUGCUGGCCUCAAUUCACCGUUGUUACCAACUCGCCUCUGAAGCGAUUACAUUUGCUGGCCUAGUUCGACUCUAUAAGGAAACAAAGGAGUGGUCGGAACUUGAACGAGAUAUAUAUCUUUUUAACCGACUACAGACGUUUGUCAAUGUGGUUGAUGACAUUCCACUCGUCGUGGGUGAACGCCAUAAUGCGUGCAAAGAGUACUCUUGUCGUGGUCUGAAGUGGUGCACCAAGGCAGAGGCAGUUUUAAGGCGCGAGGAGCGAAGGGAGGCUAUUGUGUCCCGCUGCUUUCCCCCAUAUAUAUCUUCCAAGUUAAUGGAGGCACUUGAGUUGUGGAAAACUGCUCAAAAUCUAGCGAAGAGUUUCUUCAAACAGGGCAGCACAGGCGGUUGCGGCAGUAGCAACAGCAAUAGUAGCAACACUAGCGACAACAACAACGAGACUGGUGGGGAACUACGUGCCUAUGAAGGCACAGGGCAAACUCUCGAUACCCUGUUAAACAUUCAGAAGGCCUUACAAGAUAUAGUGGAAGACAGCACACAGUCUUGGAAGCAUACCAAUACCAGCGAUGAGGAAGCACUCAAUCCAUCGUUUAUGGAGAAAGUGAAGGCGCUCGGGUUAACAGCAAGUUGUGCCUUGGCUGGGGCACACGCCAGGGGCGUGGAGGACAAACUGCGGAAAACAUGUGAAGAAUUUUUUAGGGGACGCCGGAGGAAGCUGGAGACCACCACCCUCCUGUUGAAUGAAAUGUAUGAUUUGCAGUCGUCACUCACGACCGCCACCGUGGGGGAGCGUGAGACGCUUCAAGGCCGAUACGACGAUUUUAUGAAACAACUUUUUCUUGUGCAUUACUUGUUUGGGGAGUUGGACGCUGCCACAGUAGAGUUGUAUGACAUCUACACAAUGCAUCUCCCCGAAAAAGCCGGCGUUCUUAAAACGCUACCUUCAUCCUGUGCACAGGCUGUUCAUGAGGCGCUUCAUCUGCCGCGAUAUGUGAAAUACGAGCGAGAACGUACGCUUAUAAAUUACAUGAAUAUUGAGGUUGAGCCACGGAAUGCGAUGGACCCUUCUCGCUCACCCGCUGACGGCGAGGUCCGUUUGGAGUGUGAGUGUGAGGUUUCCGAGGUCCAAUUUGCUUUGCUCCGUGCGCAGUAUGUGGACUCUGUUAAUGGCACCGUUACUCCGUGUUGGCUUAAGCGGUAUGUGUUUCCCAGAGUGGAAGGGGUAGAAGCGCAAAUGCGCAUUGAAUUCCUAUUUAAAACUAUUAUGCAACAUGAACUGUGCGUUCCCGAGUUGUGUGCCACCCAUCGCGUGACAUGUGUCACUGAUGUUUUUGCUGAUGAUUCCAUGCGGCAAAUCUACUUUCACAUUCCACGAGGCGGAACCCAAUUGCGUUUUGGCUCAACGCACGAUGUUCGAAAAAGAAUCAUGCGGCUUGGAGUUCGAUGGUUGCAUGAUGCGUUGCAAUGCGUAAUAGACCUCCACUCCUGCCAGUUGCUGCAUGGUGCCAUAUGUUUAUCUAAUUUUACCUAUGAUGAGUUUGGAAACACGACGUUAGGCUUUUUUUCCAACGCUCUGCGAGAUCGUGCACGGGAUGCCGUUUCUCCGCUGGACGACGCCAUUGACUUCGGCGCCUGCCUGCAUGCCGAAGUGCUUCCAUACCUUCUCAGCGCGUCAACCGCCGCUACUGCAGCGGCGCGGCAGUCCAUUUUGGCGAGUGGACGGGAGGAACAAGUUGCCACCGGUGGAAAAUACUCUGACGAGGAGGUCGCCGAUGUAUAUCGCGAAGUCGCGGACCGGUUAAUUGGAAAGGCGGAGCCACGCUGGGCGCUACUUGACGCGCGAACCUUCGUGCGGCGAUUUCUUGAGGCCAACUACAACAGUGAUGAACGCAAUUAUUUGUUUACCAAGGAUGUGGCUUACCCGGCGAGCUGGGCAACACUUAAACCCAUCGUCCCCGUCUCACUUGUUUUGGAUGACCGCGUUUCGCCGCACUUACCCCCAAACGCCCGCGCGUUCCUAAACCGUAACCAGCACCUCUGGGAGGUAUAUUGGAAGUGCCGCCGCGAAAUGGUAAAGAGGCGUGGCGGUGGCUUCUUUUCGAUGCCCGCAGCGCUCAAGGGGCACAGGCCCUUCCUCCCCUGCGGCGACGAUUGCGAGGUGAACGAGCGCUUUGCGUGGCGCGCCUGCGCUGAUGAGGAGGAGGCGUGGCGGCUUUGUCUCGAAGGUUUUGUCGGCAGGAAGUGCCGGCUGCGACUUGCGCCGCCACAGGCGGGGGUGGGCGGGGGCGGGGCCGAGCCCCGCGCGCCCACGGUCAGCUGGGGUGUGAUUUUCCGCGCCUCGCUUGGGACGGUCGAGGAGGCGGACGGAAGGAAACACCCCGAGCGCUCGCGGCAGAAAUGCACCCCCCCAACCCCCGGCCACCUCGGCAUGGGCGCGCGCGACCUCGGGCGAUCCGCGGAGAAAAGCAGCGUGUUCCGCAGGGCCGCGAAGGACCCGGGCGACGUGCGAGGCUGGGAAAUCGUGGUGCCCGCGCCGGGGGCGCGCUGCUAUCCGGAGUACGUGGUGUGCGGCGUCUGGGUCGUUGGCGGAAGAGAAAAGGGGCAAGGGAAAUAA